AUGCACACUUUGGUAUCGAUUCUUUUUGCUGUGGUGGUUGCACUCUCAAUUGUUUGUAACCAACCACAUGCUGUUGCAGGAGUAACAACACCAUUCUAUCCAAGCUAUAAUGUUUCUACCAUUGCUGGUGGAUUGAAUGUAAAGGGAGAGGGAUAUGAUCCUUUACGUGUCUCUCUUUACUCACCAAGUGCAGUUGCUAUACAUCCAAUUACUCAACAUGUGUACAUUGCUGAAAAUACUUUAUUCGGAUCUUUUUUCAAUCCUCUUUCAUAUGGUGCAUUCAUUCGAAAGAUUGCGAAUGGAAUUGUUACAACGUAUGCAGGAACUGGUUUUGCCAGUUCAAAUUAUGGCGAUGGAGCAUUGGCUAUUAAUGCCAUGUUAAUGAAUCCGAUGGGAAUAUCAUUCAGUGCUAAUGGGGAUUUGUAUCUCACAGAAGCUGAAAAACAUAGAAUUAGAAAGAUAUUCACUAAUGGAACUAUUGUUACUGUUGCUGGGGUUUAUGGAACCGAAGGGUACAGUGCUGAUGGUCAAUUGGCAAUUAAUUCCAACUUGAGAUUUCCUUUUGGUAUUAAUGUUGCAAAUGAUGGAACUGUUUACUUUGCUGAUUCUUUUAAUUGUUUACUUAGAAAAAUAGGCGCUAAUGGAAUUAUUUCAACCAUUGCUGGAGUUUAUGGAUUCUGUGGAUACAAUUCAGAUAACGUUAUUGCAACUUCAAGUUAUCUUAGUCGUUUUCGCUCCUUUGCUAUAGCAUCAAAUGGUGACUUUAUUAUUGCUGACUAUGAAACUCAUAGAAUUAGAAGAAUUUUUAAAUCCAAUUCUACAAUUAUUACAAUAGCAGGAUCAGGCACUGCUGGCUAUUCAGGAGAUGGAGGGUUGGCCAUCAAUGCAUUGAUAUCAUAUCCAUUUUCAAUUACCACCACUUCUAAGGGUGAUAUUUUCUUUUCUUCUGAUGGUGAAUGUGUUGUAAGGAAAAUAGAUUCGAAUGGAAUUAUUUCAACUAUAACAGGAAAUGGAAUAUGUCCUGUUUCUCCAGUAAUUGGUGAUCUUGGAAAUGGUGGGCUAGCAAAGAAUGUACAAAUUAAACCAUUUUCCCUCACAGCCAAUUAUACCUCUGGAGAUUUAUAUAUUGUAGAUCAAUACAAUAACAGAGUGAGACUUGUUUCUUAUAGCUCAGGAAUUAUUACAACUAUUGCAGGUCAUGGUGGCUCAUUUUCUGGAGAUCGUGGAUUGGGAAUAAAUGCUCAAUUAGCACAACCACAACAUGCAGUAGCUGCUAAUACUGGGGAAAUAUAUAUUGCUGUAACAUUUGCGGGCAAUGGCACAAGUGGAUUUAGUGGAGAUGGGGGUUUGGCAAUUAAUGCCCAAUUAAACUCUCCUCGUUGUGUGGCAGUCAGUGGCUCAGGUGAGGUCUAUAUUGCAGAUUCUAUGAAUUCCCGAGUUCGCAAGGUUUCAACGAAUGGAAUAAUAACUACAAUUGCUGGAAAUGGAGACAAAAACAUUGUCCCUGAUGGAACACUAGCAAUCAAUGCUCCAUUGGAUGUUCAAUGUAUUGCUCUAUCACCAAUAACUGGUGAAAUUCUUGUUCUUACAUCUGCCAAUCCAAGACUUUACAAAAUAACACUGAGCGGAACUGUGUACCCGGUUGCAGGAACUGGAGUAAGUGGAACUUAUGGAAACAAUGUUCUGGCCACAUCUGCUCAAUUACAAUACACUUCCUCAUUGGCAAUUAGUAGUUUGGGUGAUAUUUUUAUAUCUGAAAAUUUUAGAAUAAGAAAAGUUUCAGCAGACACUGGAAUUAUUAGUACUGUUGGUGGGUCAACUAGCUCCUGUGAUGAAUUUGCUAUUGGAGUUCCAGCUAUUGGUGCCUGUAUGCACACGACUAGUGUAGCUGUUUCUAAGAAUGGAGAUUUUAUUUACUAUACUAAUGAACAUUCGAUUCGGGUUAUUGGUCCUGAUGGAAAUAUUAAUGCUGUUGGAGGAGAUGAUUCAAUUAAUGGAUUAUAUGGUGACAUAGGCAACUCUACAAGUGCCUUAUUCAACUAUUUAUAUCAAACAACUUUUAUUGCCAAUAGUGGAGAAAUACUAAUCAGCGAUAAAGGGAACAACAGAAUAAGAAGAUUGGCUCCUUACUGUCCGAGUGGUUAUGGGCUUAAUGGGAAUUUCACUCAAUGUAUUGCCUCCUGUUUUGGAGUUUCUAAUGAGCUUACCACUUGCAGUGGCCAUGGAUUGUGUAACUCUCCAAAUAAUUGUACCUGUUUCAAUGGAUUUUCUGGGCUUAAUUGUCAACUUGCCAUCUGCUAUGGUAAAUAUUCUAAUGAUUCAAAUGUGUGUUCAGGUAGGGGAAACUGCUCUCUCCCCAACACAUGCUCAUGCUCGAAUGGGUAUACUGGAACUGAAUGUCAAAUUACAGCAUGCUUUGGAAAAUCAUCAGCAUCUUCCAACGUUUGCUCUGGAAAAGGAGCCUGUUUAAGUUCUAAUAAUUGUACUUGUAAUGCAGGAUAUUUUGACUCAGAGUGUCAAUCAUAUUUGUGUGCAGGUGUUAAAAACACAGUGGGAAAUGCAUUAUUCGGGCUCGGUUGUGGUAAUGGAACUUGUGUAGGUCCAAAUUUAUGUUCAUGUAAUUUAGGAUAUGUUGGAAGUAAUUGCCAAUAUACUAUCUGUAAUGAUGUAGCCUCAAACAACAGUAAUAUUUGUAGCUCAAAUGGGUUAUGUAUCUCACCUGAUAUCUGCCAUUUGCAGAAAUUGACAUUGGUUUCCUCUAUAUCCAAGUUUGCAUUGGCAGUUGUUAUAGGAAAUACAAUCACCAAAAGAGGAACAAACGGUGGUGUCAUUUUGCAAUUUUCCAUAACAAAUAGCAAUAUCGCAAUUUGGACCAGUAUAUCCUGUAUUGCAGGAACAUAA